UACAUCAGUGUGUUGGGCAGGGUUUGGGAAUUAACGGGCGUACUGUAGCAGUUAUUUUAAUCACUUCGAUCAAAACAAACAGUGAUUUAUCGACUACACUUCAGGUAAGCAAUAAUAUUUUUUUACAUACCACUCAUAUCCCCAUUUGUUUUUAUUUUUAUGCAAGGGAAAGCUGCCUAGAUAGUGACUAGCUAUCUGAAAUUCCGACAGGGAGGGAGAGCAGGGAAGGAAGGUAUCGGAAUUACACCCACUGGUCCAAAGCAGAAGUGCGUAGCGGGUUAGCUAGCUAGCUGGUUAUUAUCGCUAAUUAAGUUAUUAUUCUCUAAUACAAUAUAUAAGUGGAUGAGAGCAUAUAACGUGCUUUCAAUAAAGCUAAACUGUUCAAUCAAGUUUCUGCGAGUCAGCUUACUUGAUUUUGCCAGAGCUCGCGCUAGGUGUGUCAGCUAGACAAGCAAGCGUCACAUUCAGACCAGGAUCUGUCAUUCCUCCCCUGUUUCUAACCAGCUGGUUAGCUAGCAGCAACUAACCAGCUAAUAGAAAACUAUUAGAAGUAGCCUUUCUGCUAUAUCACUCAAGAGCCAUAUAGCUUGAUAGCUUCCAGUCAUGAAGACUGGUUUACUAAUCUUAUUAUGGAAGCCAGGGAUGUAGAGAGAAAUCCACCUACUUGGAGAGACUGACUCGUGUAAAGGUGAGCUCAGCAAAGGCAAGCUGCAUUUAUCCUCAGUAAAGCUGUCCUGUAACUGAUGCUUUAGUCAGCUAGCUAGAUAUUUGAGUUUCAAUAAUAGCAACCAUUCCUUAAUCCUCAGUCAUUACUUGAACCAGUCUAUCUAGUUGACUUAGACACCUAUACUAUAUAUGGUAAUCAGCAAGAUUCGCUUAAAAGUAACAGGUAACUUGGCUUCGUUUCAAUAUUAAUUUAUUAUAAUACGUGUAUUACGAUCUGGAGAUAGUCGUUUUACAGAGAGUUAAUAUCAGCAAGAUACAGCAUCAUGCUCGCGUUGUUUUGGUCUGACACCCCGAGGGGGAGGAGUGUCCGUGGCUACGUCACCACGGAUCUGCCAUUCUUCUUUUACAUGGAUGGCUCCAGACCAGACUGGCCUUAUCGUUCAACAUGCGUUUUGAUAUUGGGACUUGAAUUUAGAAAUUAAUUGAAUUGAUUGGGGCAGUUCAAAAGACCUGGUAGACUCAGACUUUGUGAUAAAGGCACAAUAUUCAGAAAGUACCCAUGGCAAUUCUCUCUCCCUAGAGCCUCCUGCUGUUCCCUUAUUCUACCAUCCAUGGCCAUGUAAUACUGUCUGGGUAAUAAUGAAUGAAUAAUGUGGCCCCAUUAAUGGCACCAUCACUCCUUUCACACCCUCUUCACACACAGUCACACCCGCCACAGUCAUAGCUGAUGUGUGAUGAGUGUUCUGGCACCAAAUGAGUGCUGUUCAUUUGAAGAUGAAUGGAUAACUGAUUGUCUUGAUAAUAAAAGUUGAUGCACCUUUUUUAUUUUGCGAGGGUUUACCCACCUUUUGCGGAAAAAGGCAUUGAAAGUAUAGGGUCUGUUACUUUAUUAAUCGUGAACUGCGAUCAGUUUACCUACUAUUUAAAAAAACCUCUACAUCACUGGAUGUGACUGUGGUCAAACUCGUGUUGAGUUGCGUCCAACAUUCAGUUUUAGUGUCUCUACGCCCAUAGGGAAGACAAGGAACAAGUAGCCAAUGUUCCCAAGCUACACCCUGACUGGAUGAGGGAUGGGACGGGAGUAUCUCUACAUAGAGGAUGGCUGUUCUUCUCUGCUCUGUUUAUGACCAUUUAGUCAUGUCAUUCUGGAGCUCUUAGUCACUAGUCAGGCCUGUCCAGAAACAAGCACCAGUCUGGAAUUAUAAUGGAGUUAUAAUGAUGCUGUUUCCUGUGUGUGUGUGUACACUGUAAGUUUGAAGUGCUGCAGGGUAGGUUUGGAAUGUCUUGACUUCCUGUCAACUGUGUGUUUGGCCUUAAACUGACCUGCUGCUUCCUGGCUAGAGGCCAGGGGUCUCUCAUUUUCUCUCUCUUCCUCUUUCUCUUUCUCUUUCUCUGUCUGUCUGUCUGUCUGUCUGUCUGACUGACUGACUGACUGACUGACACACAGACACACAGACACACACACACACACACACACACACAGACACACAGACACACACACACACACACAGAGACACACACACACUGUUACACUGUUACUGUCCAGAGCUGGUCAAUACCUGGGGAGAUAACAGGCAUUGUAAACCAAUCUUUAUAGGGUUGAUAAGAGCAUUUUCUCUGUUCAUAUUUGGCUUAUGCAUAUUAUAUUUUCAGCUCAAUAAUGAGCAUCAUAAUGAAUUGCAUGUCAUUUUUGUGAACUUAAUGAAAUCUAUUAAGACCUAUUCUGUGUCUUGUGUCUCCCAGGCCUCGGCCUCAAGGUGGGGCAGAGCAAAGUGGGUGGUGGGGCAGGAAGGCCCAGCCCCCCAUCCUGACAAGAGGCCAGCUUCUGCUCCAGUAGCCCAUAGCCCCUUCAGGACCGAGCAGGGACCAUGAGCACAGGCAAGCCCAGUGGAAUCAAGCCUCCCAGCAAGAUAAGCAGGCCAACUGGGUUACCAACACGCACCUCCCCUUCUUCUGGUAAGAAUCAGCUGCAGGGCUCAUUGUGUGUGUGUGUGUGUGUGUAUGUGUGUUGUUGCUGCUACUACUGCUGAUGAUGAUGAUUGUUUUUCCAGCUGCUCCAAAGCCUGUUCCUCCUGAGAAUUCUCCCACCCAGGAUGGAGCAAUGGAUUACCAGGUGGGGGAGAAGGUGUGGGUCAACGGCAACAAGCCAGGAUACGUCCACUUCCUGGGGGGCACGCAGUUUGCCCCAGGUCAGUGGGCCGGCAUCGUCCUGGAGGAGGCCAUCGGAAAGAACGACGGGUCGGUGGCGGGGGUCCAGUACUUCCAGUGCGAGGAUGGCAGAGGUAUAUUCACACGGCCCUCCAAGCUGACCAAGACAGCCAUGCCAGAGAUGGAGGCCAACUGUGGACAGCCUAACCCUGGCGAGACAGGAGCAGACUCCCCUACCAUUGCUGCUGCUGGGGCUGCUACUACCACUGGUAACAGCACCAAGACACCGCUGAGUAGAACCGUGACGGGCAGUGGGUCAGUGUCCAACCUCUCUGAGACGGACUCAGCCAAGAAGACCAGAAGUGAACUGAGACUGGGAGACCGCGUGCUGGUGAGUGUGUGUGUGUGUGUGUGCUUCUGGCUCACAAAUGUGUUAACUCACAGCUCUUGUUCCUUCUCUACCCCCUCCCUCUCUAUCUCUCCGUCUUUCUCCCUCUCCAGGUGGGGGGUAAUAAGGCAGGGGUGGUGAGGUUCAUGGGGGAGACAGAGUUUGCCAAGGGGGAGUGGUGUGGAGUGGAGCUGGACGAACCACUUGGGAAGAAUGAUGGAGCCGUGGCUGGAUCCAGGUUAGAUAUGUGACACACAGGUUUAUUAUCCGUGGUUAAAGAUGUACCUGUAGAAAAAGUAUUUUUAAAAUAAUGAUAACGAUUAAAAACAUGUCCUUCUCUAAUGAUUCAAGUGUCAUGCAAUUCAGUGGUUAAAGCUUGACCUGUAUAGAGAUAGUCUUAAAAAUUAUAUGUAUUAAGAAUCUGUCUUUUUCAUAUAAUUCAGGUGUGUUCUGGAUUUUUGACAUCCUCUGAUAUCCCUUUCAAAUGUCUCCAGGUAUUUCCAGUGCCUGCCGCGGUACGGCCUGUUUGCGCCGGUCCACAAGGUGACUCGUAUCGGCUUCCCCAGCACCCUGGCUAAAGCCAAGGCCUCCUCACGGAGACGCUCCGCCAUGAAGAGGAGUCCUAGCGCCUCCUCCAUGAGCUCCCUGAGCUCUGUCACGUCCUCUGUUAGUGGGAAACCCAGCCGUGCUGGCCUGGUGAGACACACACAUACACGCUACUGCAAAUACACACACACACACACACACACACACACACACACACACACACACACACACACACACACACACACACACACACACACAGACACACAGCGUUCUCUAUCUUCUCCCUGCACUCUCUUCUCUCUACUUGUGUCUGUCUUAUCUGAAUGUGCCCUCUCUAUCUCUUGCCCUCUAGCUGACCGAGACCUCGUCGCGGUAUGCACGUAAGAUCUCUGGCACUACAGCGCUACAGGAAGCCCUGAAGGAGAAGCAGCAGCACAUCGAGCAGCUAUUGGCCGAGAGGGACAUGGAACGCGGGGAGGUCGCCAAGGCAACCAGCCAUGCUGGGGAUGUGCAGCAAGAACUGUCACUGCUCACGAAUGUUCAGGAGCAGGUGAGGGGAGAAAGCACAGGCAACACACACACACACACACACACACAGAAAAAUACAAUACACAUGUGGAAUAUCCGUCUCCCACCCAGGCUUUAUGUAGUUGACCAUUGAAAAGUAUGACCUAUAGCAAACCAUGUCAUGUCAUGAUUGUGUGUGUUUGUGUGUGUGCGUGCGCACAUGUGCGUGCGUGUGUGUUAGUAUGCUAUGGAGAUGGAGGCUAAGCUAGACCAACUGCGUAAACUGGUGGAGACGGCAGACAGAGACAAGGUGGAGCUGCUUAACCAACUGGAGGAGGAGAAGAGGUGGGUGGUGGUGUGUGUGUGUGUGUGUGAGGGAGGGAGGGUAAUGAGAAUUGUAGUAAAUGGAGGGGGUAUAUUGGUUGGUUAGGUCAGUAUUGUUCUCUAUGUUAGUAUUUGAAUGUGCAUCGUUUGGAAAGCAUUGCUGUUUUUAGAUGCCUGGUAUGGGAUAGAGCCUGGGAUGUUGGAGGAGAGGAUGACACUUUCUACCUGUCUGACAGGAAAGUGGAAGACCUGCAGUUCACUGUGGAGGAAGCUUGCAUCACUAAAGGUGACCUAGAGGUAAAUAAAUGAUUCAGUACUCUGUACACACACACACCUGCUAACAGAACCCAGACAGUGUUAUUUUACAUAAUGAAAUACCACGUAGAGCUGAUGUAAUGUUGUUACACAGUUGUUAGACCUUUCAUAUUUCAACCCCUCAUGAAACACUGAUGCAGAAUUCCUUCAUAUCAGCUACUUCAUUUGGUCUAUCAUAUACAUCAUUCCCUCAUCUGUACUGUGUCAUGACUCAAUGUCUUGUUCUAUGGCACACCCUUUAUACACUCAGAGAACAAUGCUGGGUGUGUAUAAAAUAUAGAUUCACCAGUUGACCACGGCUCUCUCGUCAUCUCUCAUUGGUUAGCUCAAGUUCUCUCACUCAUCUGAUUGGUUACCUGAAGCUCUCUCACUCUCAUCCGAUUGGUUAGCUUAAAAUCUUUCUCAUAGUCUCUCUUCGAUAUAGCUACUUCAUAAAUGUCCUCUACUCUGUCAGAGUUCCGGUUCAGUAGCUCCAGCAGUUUGAGGAUGUGCUUCUUUUUACCCGUAUUCUCAACCCACUACAGUGUACAUGUUGGCAUGGUGGUGAGUUCAUUGUACUCACAAUACUCUGCUUUUGAUUGUGGCUUUUGCUGCUGUAUUAAUAAAGAUACUGAUGAUAUUCUCAAUAAUUCUAUCAAGGCUUUUGGUUAUCCACACAUUCUUUCAUUCAUUCAAUUCAAUUCUUCAUCUGAUCAUCUAUUCCUUUAAUGUCGUUCAUUUCUCAGCUCUCAUCAAUUCACUCAUUCAUGAGUUCAUUCAUUUGUUUUCUUUCGCUAUUUCAUUUGCUCAAGUUUCUUCCGCCCAGUACCCUACCCUGAACUUUAGUCACUGUUACUAGCCGGCGACCACCUGGUAGUCAACCCUGCACCUGAGAGACUGCUGCCCUAUGUACAUAGUCAUUCAACACUGGUCACUUUUUAAAACUUUUUUUUUUUUAAUCACAUUUUUAGAUUUUUUGUAAUAUUUAUUUUGUGGUAUCCAAUUGGUAGUAGUUACAGUCCCUGUCCCAUCGCUGCAACCCCCGUACGGACACGGGAGAGGCGAAGGUCGAGAUUCAUGCGUCCUCCGAAACACAACCCAACCAAGGAAGCCAGCCGCACCAAUGUGUAGGAGGAAACACCGUACACCUGGUGACUGAGUCAGCGUGCACUGCGCCCGGCAGGGGUCGCUAUAGCGCGAUGGGACAUGGACAUCCCUGCCGGCCAAACCCUCCCCUACCCUGGACGACGCUGGGCCAAUUGUGCGCCCAUUAUUCUUUUCAACAUUCUUCAAGCUCUGUCAAAUUGGUUGUUGAUCAUUGCUGGACAACCAUUUUCAGGUCUUGCAAUAGAUUUUCAAGCAGAUUUAAGUCAAAACUGUAACUUUGCCACUCAGGAACAUUCACUGUCUUCUCGGUAAGCAACCCCAGUGUAGAUUUGGCCUUGUGUUUUAGGUUAUUGUCCUGCUGAAAGGUGAAUUCAUCUCCCAGUGUCUGGUGGAAUGCAGACUGAACCAGGUUUUCCUCUAGGAUUUUGCCUGUGCUUGCUCCCUUCAGUUUAAUUUUUUAUCCUGAAAAACUCCCCUGUCCUUAAUGAUUACAAGCAUACGAGUAACAUGAUGCAGCCACCACUAUGCUUGAAAAUAUGGAGAGUGGUACUCAGUAAUGUGUUGUAUUAGAUUUGCCCCAAACAUAACACUUUGUAUUCAGGACAAAAAGUGAAUUGCUUUGCCACAUUUGGUGCAGUAUUUAUUACUUUAGUGCCUUGUUGCAAACAGGAUUCAUAUUUUUGAAUAUUUUUAUUCUGUACAGGCUUGCUUCUUUUCACUCUGUCAAUUAGGUUAGUAUUGUGGAGUAUCUACAAUGUUGUUGAUCCAUCCAGUUUUCUCCUACCACAGCCAUUCAACUCUGUAACUGUUUUAAAGUCACCAUUGGCUUCAUGGUGAAAUCCCUGAGCAGUUUCCUUCCUCUCCGGCAACUCAGUUAGGAAGGACGCCUUUCUCUUUGUAGUGACUGGUUGUAUUGAUUUUUUUUUUCAUCUACCAAUAGGUGCCCUUCUUUGCGAAGCAUUGGAAAACCUCCCAGGUCUUUGUGGUUGAAUCUGUAUUUGAAAUUCACUGCUCGACUGAGAGACCUUACAGAUAAUUGUAUGUUUGGGGUACAGAGAUGAGGUAGUCAUUCAAAAAAACAUGUUAAACACUAUUAUUGCGCAAUAAGCUGGUUGAGAGAAUGCCAAGAGUGUGCAAAGCUGUCAUCAAGGGUGGCUAUUUUGAAGAAUCUAAAAUCUAAAAUAUAUUUAGAUUUGUUUAACACUUUUUUGGUUACUACAUGAUUCCAUAUGUGUUAUGUCAUAGUUUUGAUGUCUUCACUAUUAUUCUACAAUGUAGAAAAUAGUAAAAAUAAAGGAAAACCCUUGAAUGAGUAGGUGUGUCCAAACUUUUGACUGGUACUGUAUAUAUACACUAUUUAUACAAAAGUAUGUGGACACCCCUUCAAAUUAGUGGAUUUGGCCAUUUCAGCCCUGCUAGAGCUGCCCGGGUCAACUGUAAGUGCUGUUAUUGUGAAGUGGAAACGUCUAGGAGCAACAACGGCUCAGCCGCGAAGUGGUAGGCCACACAAGCUCACAGAAUGGAACCGGCAAGUGCUGAAGCACGGGGCGCGUAAAAAUUGCCUGUCCUCGGUUGCAACACUUACUACCGAGUUCCAAACUGCCUCUGGAAGCAACGUCAGCAUUUGGAUUCUGGACUUUGGAGCAGUGGAAAAGCAUUCUCUGGAGUGAUGAAUCACGCUUCACCAUCUGGCAGUCCGACGGACUAAUCUGGGUUUGGGGAUGCCAGGUGAAUGCUACCUGCCCCAAUGCAUAGUGCCAACUAAAGUUUGGUGGAGGAGGAAUAAUGGUCUGGGGCUGUUUUUCAUGGUUCGGGCUAGGCCCUUUAGUUCCAGUGAAGGGAAAUCUUAACGCUACAGCAUACAAUGACAUUCUAGACGAUUCUGUGCUUCCAACUUUGUGGCAACAGUUUAUGGAAGGCCCUUUCCUGUUUCAGCAUGACAAUGCCCCCGUGCACAAAGCGAGGUCCAUACAGAAAUGGUUUGUUGAGAUUGGUGUGGAAGAACUUGACUGGCCUGCACAGAGCCCUGACCUCAACCCCAUCGAACACCUUUGGGAUGAAUUGGAACACUGACUGAGAGCCAGGCCUAAUCGCCCAACAUUAGGCCUAACAUGCCCGACCUCACGAAUGCUCUUGUGGCUGAAUGGAAUCAAGUCCCCGCAGAAAUGUUCCAACAUUUAGUGGAAAGCCUUCCCAGAAGAGUGGAGGCUGUUAUAGGGGACCAACUCCAUAUUAAUGCCCAUGAUUUUGGAAUGAGAUAUUCGACAGGCAGUUGUCCACAUACUUUUGGUCAUGUAGUGUAUAUGUGUGUGUAUAUAUAUAUAUAUAUAUAUAUAUUUAUCAGGGGAUGCUGCAGCACCCUCAGCACCCCUACUUCCCAGCGGCUAUGCUGACAUUGCUCGUUGUAAUAUUUCUAGAUUUUUUAAAUUCCUUUCUUAAAUUAUUUGUGUUUUUCGUGUAUUGUUCAGUAUUACUGCACUGUUGGAGCUAGGAACAUAAGCAUUUCGCUACACACGCGAUAACAUCUGCAAAAUAUGUCUACGCGACCAAUCAAAUUAGAUUUUUACAUUCUUGUUUUUUCUUCAUUUUUUCCAUCCUUCGCCUUCUUAUUAAGAGCUCUCUCAUCUUUUCUUGACACGUCUCUUCUCUUUUCACAUCCUUUCAUCUUGUCUCGCCUCCGCACCCUCUCUUCUCCUUGCUCAUGAAGAGGAUGAUGUCACAAAGCCUUCAUCUAUCUCUCUCUCUCUCUCUACCUCCCUCUGGCGCUUACAGAAGAGAAAGAAGGAUAAAGCGAUGAUGUCACUGAUUGCAAGAUCUCGUCAAGAAAGUGUUAGAGCACUGGGAACCAAAGUGAAGAGAACCGAAUCCACCAGAUGGAGCGGUCCUUAAAAUAGAUCCAAGCAGAUCCAUAAAUACACUAGACAGAGUUUGGCAAACUCAAUUAAUCCAAGUUGCCAGACAAAUGCUUAGAAUGAUUAGAACUUAAUCUUCAUUUAGCUCUUGGAGCCAACAUGGAGGCUAGUUAGCAAAACUCUGUGACUCAACCAACCAAAGACCCAAACAGAGGUAGUUAGGGUGGGGCUCAGUCUCAUAGAGGAGAACUUAAGCGGCAUUCAGGCUGUCUCAAAUGGCACAAUAUUCCCUAUAUGUCUCUUUUUAUAUGGGUCUGGUCAUUGAGGAUUUGGCUUAAUAGAAUUGUUGGAAUAGAAUGGAACCCACUGGAAUAAAACAUUUGGCUCUCAUAUGCACCUCCUACUUUCUGGUCUCUGCUAUGACAUCAUCGUUUGCUAUCCUUGUGUGUGGCAUGGAGCUGGCAUGUGAUGCUGGUGUUGGUGUGUUCUCCUCUUCCUCCUCUUCCUCUCUCUGACUAACAGACGCAGACCAAACUGGAGCAUGCCCACAUUAAGGAGCUUGAGCAGAGCCUUCUGUUUGAAAAGACCAAAGCUGACAAACUGCAGAGGGACUUAGAGGACACUAGGGUAAUACCAUCAUAGACAUCAUAUAUCCGACAUCAUCGGGUAAUACUUCUGGAUCUAACGGUAUUUUACGUUCUGGACACAGUAGGGUUGGGCGAUAUGUUGUGUGGAUGAAUCAUUAAUUGCGAUAUGGCUGUGCGCGGUAUAUUGUCUAGUUAUUGCGAUAUCGAUGUCCACAAUCUUCUGGCCACAGCAUUCCACAACGUUUCUUCUGCAAGCCCCAAACCCUCUGGAACUAAAAGCUGUUCUCAUGCUGCUGCACUAAUGCCUGAGUCUCAACUGCACACUCGUACCUUGCCUUGAUACUGUUUUUCAUAUCGUAAAUAAAUUAUAUUGGAUUUAUUUUGAUAUGGAUUUUUGUCUGGAUCGCCCAGUCCUAUCUCAAAGAAGCUGGAUGGGCUAGGAAUGGCCCUCUCUCUACUCUCUCCCCCCUCAUUCCCCCCUUUCUUUCUCCCUCCUCUCUUCCCUCCCUCUCCAGGUGGCCACAGUGUCUGAGCGGUCCAGGAUCAUGGAGCUGGAGAGAGAGGUAGUGGAGCUGCAGUUGAGACUACGGUCCUCCCAGCAGACAGAGGGCGCUGUGUCGCUGUCACCAGAGGAGCUCAGCAACCUCAAGGCCCGGGCCCAGUCCCAGGAGAAGAAGGUAGGGAUCUCACAGUACUGGUCAAAAAACAUCCCCUUAACCCCUCUCCCAGGGAUGGGCGACUUCAGUCUUGUACUGCUGUGUGUCCAGGCUUUAGAUUGCAGCCGGACUUUGGUUCCAGUCUGUCUGUGCAGGCAUUUGUUCCAGCCCGGUCAUACCCAUAGUCUUUGCAUUUACAGACCUCUGGUUUUUCUGGUUUUCCAUCCCUUUUGACAUUAGCAUGUCUCCCGUCUGUCUUCCCCUCUAGAUCAGUGAAAUGAGUGUGGAUCUGGACAACAGGCAGAAACAGAUUCGCUCUGUGGAGGAGGACAAAAUCUCCCUGGAACAGCAGCUAACCAGCCUGGUGAGACACAUGCAUACACACACACACUACACACACACACACACACUACACACACUCGUACAGUCAUGAUGAUGAAAGUCAUUAUCCUUCCCUGUGUAGCUCAUGGAGAAAGAAUGUUAUUGCUCUCUAGUGAAGUUUGUUGUGAAGUUGUUUGUUUGUUGGCCAUUUCAGAGACAGAAACUGGACGCUGCAGAGGAAGACAACAAGACGAUGGCACAAACCAUGCAUGGUAACAGACAUGCAAUAGAAACUUUCCACUGAAAGUUAUUGUUUAUGAAGAAGUAGGUUUAAUCUGGGUUCGGGAAACCAGCCUUAUGAGAGGUGCUGGUAAAGAUUCAUUCUGAAAAGUGAAACUAUCUCUCUGACUUUUGUUGCAGAGCUGGAGAAGAGAGUGGAGCAGGCGGGAAAAGAGAGAGAGGCACAGAGAGAAGAGAACCAACGCAAAGAGAAAGAGCUUCAGGAUAGACUGACGGAGGUGUGUGUGUGUGUGUUUUCCAGUGUAUAAUGAUAAAGAUUAUGUUUCUGUCCAAUGUGUGUGUGCCUGUAUGCGAGCAGGUAAAAAUGUGUGUAUGCAAUGUUUGUAGAUGUAUGCAAGAAAACAGCAGCUGUGACACACAAAGGUCACAGCAUGUUCUUUCAUCCAGGCCCGCUGAAGCCGAGCUACAUCUCUGAGGCUGAAGCUAUAGCUGCAGGCUAGCUUAACGAUGUCAACAUGAAUAUAUGACUAACACACACACACACAAACACACACACACACACACGAAUGUGACUAACCUUUUCCCAUGUGACUUUAAUAUGCAGCGAGGCGUCUCUUUAAUGUAAUGUUUACGUAAUUAAAUAAGUUAACUUACCAAAAUGCUUAUAUCGACACAUUAUUUAAUUCAAGUUUCAUAACAUUUUUGAGAAGCUGUUCUUGUAGAUUUAGUCAACUAAAUAAAAUGAUUAUUUAGUUGAUCAUUAGCUUUACAGAAUCUAUAAUGUAUUAUUAAUGGUAUGGGUAAAAACUUGCACCUAUGGUCUGUUUGUGGCAAAGAUCAACAGUUUUAAAUCAAAAGUUAGUUAUCGAUCAAAAACAAAUUAUAUAAUUUUGAUAUAUUUACUAAACAUGUCCCCUCCCCCAGGCUGCUGAGUUGUCAGAGAGGACCACCAACUCCCUGGAGCAUCUGACCAAUGAGAAGAUGGCGCUGGAGGCUCAGGUGAGGAAAAGGGGGCAGGGCUCAGGUGAAAAGUCAGCUUGUCAUAUCGCUGAUGCAAAGCAGGCUGUAAUGUGAUAAUACGUAUACUUAUGUAAGCUGUGUGUGUGUGUGUGUGUGUGUGUGUGUGUGGGGCCAUGCGCGUGUGUGUCUGUGUGCAGGCUCCCAAGGGCCUUGUACUUCAUAUUCACUUGAGUAUUACAGCAUGGAUGUAUGAGUACUGGUCACCACAUAGACCCAGUCAUGCAUAAAAUACUCCUGGACCAUCUCUUGUUCUCUCUCUCUCCUAACUUCUCCUUUCUCUACGUGUCUCGCUCUCUUAGAUCUUUCUCUCAGUCCCUUGGUCACUUUGUUGGAUUAUUCUCUCUCUCCAUCCAUCUCUCUCUCUCUCUCCAUCCAUCUCUCUCUCUCCAUCCAUCUCUCUCUCUCUCUCCAUCCAUCUCUCUCUCUCCAUCCAUCUCUCUCUCUCCAUCCAUCUCUCUCUCUCCUCAUCCAUCUCUCUCUCUCUCCAUCCAUCCAUUUCUCUCUCUCCAUCCAUUUCUCUCUCUCUCCAUCCAUCCUCUCUCUCUCCAUCCAUCUCUCUCUCUCUAUCCAUCUCUCUCUCUCUCCAUCCAUCUCUCUCUUUCUCUGUUUACUCUUCAUCCUUCUCUCUGUUUCACUCUCUUUCUUCCAAUCGAUCCAUUGCUCUCUAUUACCCUCUUUCCGAACAUCUCUGGUAUUACCGCUCUCUUCCUCAUCUCUCUCUUCAUCCAUCCCCUCUUUCUCUCUCUGUCAAUGUAGCUUGUUUGUCAUCCUCUCACCCCCCUUCUCUCUGGACAUAGUGACCCAGCCAGGCAAGCUGUGUCUGUAUGCUCCAGAUGGUUAGUCUGAUGACUACAGGGAAACAGAUUAGUUAGACACACUCUUAAUCUAUGGAGUGAAUUGCUUUGUGAGUGUGAGUGACUGUGGGUGUAGUUUCCAGUUAGAUCUGAGCCAGUCCUACUGUUCUACUGUCCUAAUCUAGUAAUGAACUCUUAGUAACCCUCCCUAAUUUCUCUCGCUCACACUUAGUGUUUCCCCUACCGAUAACACUACCUAAGCAGGGUGGGACGCCUAGCAAGGCGGGCUAUCUAGCCCUGUUGAGUGAAAUAAUGUGCCUUCACUUGCAGUAGAAACUUUUGAUCAGAUGCUUCGAAAGCUGCUUUGGGUAUUCAGUUUAGCUGCAAAAUAUAUGACUAGUUUAGCCGCAAAAUAUGACAGAGGCUUUUGAAUAUUUCUGAGUCUUUUGAAUAGGAGGAAUAGGAAUACUGAACAGAGGCUAAAAUGAGAAGUUAAAGAGGUCCAUCUUGAAGAGGGAUCAGAUGAGGUGCUGAUGAGAUUAUAAAAAUAUUCAAAAAAUCCCUUUAAAUAGAGAGGCUGUUGGAGAGAAGUGGAGUGCAGUGGUUUUAGUUUUGUGGAGGGUGCUUAGCCACACACACACACCCCACGCACACACUCUCUCUCUCUUGCUCUCUCUCUUCUUGCUUCUUCUCUCUUUUCUUUCCUCUUUCAAGGAGAGAGAGGGAGAGGAGGGCGGAGAGAGGAUUUCGUGAUACUGUUAGCUCUUGUGCUCGCUCUGCUGUCUCUGGUCUCAAAGGUGCUCUCUCCAAAUGUCGUCUCUCGCUGUCGCAAAGCUUGCCUCGAGAUCAGAUAGUUGAAAGAGCAGAGAUGACGAGAGGGGGAGGAGAAUCGAGCAGUAAGCGUGAAGGGAAGAGGAGCUUGAGGAGCAGAGUCCAUAAGAAUGGAGCUCGCGAGUCUACUGGUCUGCUCGAGAAAGAGGGCUAGGGAGUAGAGGACGAAAGGGGAUCGAGUUAGAAUCUGAUCAGAGCUAGCAGGGGCUGAUCUGAGAUUCUGAUUGAGUCAGUUAAUCUACUCUCUAUGGACGAAGAGGGAAGAAGAGGAGAGAGAGAGGCAGAGGUAUGAAGCGAUCAUGAGAUAUUAAAAGCGAGAGAGGCUGUAAGGGUAUGGUAUGCGGGGCGCUCGCCGCACAACGUCGAUGAGGACGUCUGAGCUAUCAUAUCUUCAGAUAGCUAUCUCUCUCUCUGUAGGACGUAUCUCUCUCGUCUAGCUAUCUCGAUCUCUCUUGCUCUCUAUCUCUCCGUCUCUCUCUCUUCUCUCUCUCUCUCUCUCUCUCUCUCUCUCUCUCUCUCUCUCUCUCUAUCACACUCUAGGCUGUGAUGCUCUUACUGCCUCCCCUCCCUCUCCUCUGCACCGGCAGGCGGUGAUGUAAUCAUGCACAUGUUAGUGUGAGUCACAGCGGCCGUUUAGGUGUGUGUGCACCAUGCAUGGCAGAACAUUACAUUACUUGUACACACUCAUAUGUAGGAUAUAGGGCUGUGACGGUCAUUGGCCAGGCCAAUGUUCACAGUCACCGACAUAACCGUUGGGGGGAGGGACAAAAAAGGGGAGGUCACAAUUCUGUUAAAACACUUGUUUACAUUUUACAUUUACGUCAUUUAGCAGACGCUCUUAUCCAGAGCGACUUACAAAUAGGUGCAUUCACCUUAUGGCCAGUGGGAUAACCACUUAUGAUUAUUCAGGUUAUUACUUAUAAAUAUGAAUCAAUAAAUUAAGAAAUGCCAGGUUGGAGAGGAUCUGUCACAUUUUCAUAUUGACACAACAUUAACGGAGUCAAAAUAAAGAUAUGCCUACCUUGUCCUUGUCUGUUGGCUUUUCUGCAUAUAAAAAUCAUAUUUUGACCGAUGGAAGUCCGAUGGGUUUUCUCCCACUUUUCCCGAAAUAUUCGCCUUGCGUCACAAACCCUGCUGUUGCGGUCGUUCGAUGGCAUUGGCUUAUGUUCUUCAAAGAGAGGACGCCGUAAUGAGAUAAAUAAUGUAGCCUAAGCUACUGAAAACAGGCCUUUUACAAUAUUAAAUCAUGACAGGAGCAUUUGAUUCAGACAUGCUACUUAAGGAAACUUUCUGGAAAGCCACCAGCGUAUGUCAGACAUGAGCAAAUAUUUAUCCUUUGCUUAAAACUUAUUUUUAAAAACUAGGCCUACCUUAGGCUUUCUGAAAGUAGGCUAUAAGAUAAUGAAUUGACAAGGAAAGUAUGAAGGGGACAGCUAUGCUAUAGUAUGGAGAUGAAAUUGCCAAUCAUUAAAAUAGAAACAAAUACACUUGCAUCAUGUCCAUAACCUAGUUAUCAGCGACACUGAUUACCGAGGGGGAGAGUGUUGGAAAGAUUUUUCAAAUACUGUGAGGAACUAUUAUAAUAUGAAUGGAUGAAGGAGAAACAUUUUUUUGUUGACUUACUGUGUGAGGUGAAGAAAAGUUGACUGAAAAGCCCAGCUGGGCACUUUCCUACAUUUUACAUUUGCAAGAAACAGGCCAGGUACUUCAAUGCGUGCUCAGGCGCACACGCUACAUCAACAUUAACAUGGAGCAGGUAAAUGAUGGUAUGAAAUAAAUCAAAACUUGUUUCUCACAAGUGUAGCAGGUUGUGAACUCUGCAAAUAACAUUUCCACUCUGAGAAUGAGAACGGUAAAUUACUGUAAUUAAUACAUGCAUUAACAGAAAUCCAUGUGACCAAAUAACAGGGAUAAACUGUGCCUGUUUUACAAACAUGGGCAUUCAUAAAAUUGCAUUGGGGGCCGACACUGUAUAGCCUAGGCUACUGUUCUACUUUGCAGGGAUAGGAGAGGGCAAUUUUUUGGGUCUUGCCUAUGGCAGCAUAUCGGCUAGGGCCUGAUCAGGGUUGAUUAGUCUAUCAAUUGAGAAAAGAUUCCUUAUCAAAUUAUACCAUGUCAGGUUGGAGAGGAUUGAUACUUAGUCAAUUUUACACAGUAUUAGCUCAUUACAGGCCUCAGAGCCAGAACAACCUUGUCGACUGCUGUUUAAUAAAUGAUGAAUAUUUAGACACAUACAACCAUUUUUAAAAGAAGACAGAUUUAUUUAAUUGUUAGCAAGCAAUGAAAAUGUGCAUUGUAUUAAAGAAAGUCAAAGAUUAUUUGACUGAAGUGUUUAGUUUAGUUUAUUAAUUCGACCAUUUAAAAAAACAAUCACACAUAAAACGUGGAGGAUAACACACAAUCAAGUCUGUGGUCCUCUUGAGACAAGAUGGCUAGGCAAGAUCGUCCACAGUUGUGGCAGUGAGAUAAUAAAACAUAAAAACAAAGAAGAAGAACAUCUAUCUCAUCAUUGCAGUUACGGGGGUGUGCGUGCUAUAACUAUAAGUUAACUAUCUACAGUUGAAGUCUGAAGUUUACAUACACCUUAGCCAAAUACAUUUAAACUCAGUUUUUCACAAUUCCUGACAUUUAAUCCUAGUAAAAAUCUUAGUCUUAGGUCAGUUAGGAUCACCACUUUAUUUUAAGAAUGUAAAAUGUCAGAAUAAUAGUAGAGAGUGAUUUUUUUCAGCUUUUAUUUCUUUCAUCACAUUCCCAGUGGGUCAGAAGUUUACAUACACUAAAUUAGUAUUUGGUAGCAUUGCCUUUAAAUUGUUUAACUUGGAUCAAACGUUUCGGGUAGCAUUCCACAAGUUUCCCACAAUAAGUUCGGUGAAUUUUGGCCCAUUCCUCCUGACAGAGCUGGUGUAACUGAGUCAGGUUUGUAGGCCUCCUUGCUCACACACGCUUUUUCAGUUCUGCCCACACGUUUUCUUUAGGAUUGAGGUCAGGGCUUUGUGAUGGCCACUCCAAUACCUUGACUUUGUUGUCCUUAAGCCAUUUUGCCACAACUUUGAAAGUAUGCUUGGGGUCAUUGUCCAUUUGGAAGACCCAUUUGCGACCAAGCUUUAACUUCCUGACUGAUGUCUUGAGAUGUUGCUUCAAUAUAUCCACAUAAUUUUCCUUCCUCAUGAUGCCAUCUAUUUUGUGAAGUGCACCAGUCCCUCCUGCAGCAAAGCACCCCCACAGCAUGAUGCUGCCACCCCCGUGCUUCACGGUUGGGAUGGUGUUCUUCGGCUUGCAAGCCACCCCCUUUUUCCUCCAAACAUAACGAUGGUCAUUAUAGCCAAACAAUUCUAUUUUUGUUUCAUCAGACCAGAGGACAUUUCCCCAAAAAGUAUGAUCUUUGUCCCCAUGUGCAGUUGCAAACCGUAGUCUGUCUUUUUUAUGGCGGUUUUGGAGUAGUGGCUUCUUCCUUGCUGAGCGGCUUUUCAGGUUAUGUCGAUAUAGAACUCAUUUUACUGUGGAUAUAGAUACUUUUGUACCUGUUUCCUCCAGCAUCUUCACAAGGUCCUUUGCUGUUGUUCUGGGAUUGAUUUGCACUUUUCGCACCAAAGUACGUUCAUCUCUAGGAGACAGAAUGCGUCUCCUUCCUGAGCGGUAUGACGGCUGCGUGGUCCCAUAGUGUUUAUACUUGCGUACUAUUGUUUGUACAGAUGAACGUGGUACGUGUCAGGCGUUUGGAAAUUGCUCCCAAGGAUGAACCAGACUUGUGGAGGUCUACAAUUCUUUUUCUGAGGUCUUGGCUGAUUUCUUUUGAUUUUCCCAUGAUGUCAAGCGAAGAGGCACUGAGUUUGAAGGUAGUUCUUGAAAUACAUCCACUGGUACACCUCCAAUUGACUCAAAUGAAGUCAAUUAGCCUAUCAGAAGCUUCUAAAGCCAUGACAUCAUUUUCUGGAAUUUUCCAAGCUGUUUAAAGGCAUAGUCAACUUAGUGUAUGUAAACUUCUGACCCACUGGAAUUGUGAUACAGUGAAUUUUAAGUGAAAUAAUUUGUCUGUAAACAAUUGUUGGAAAAAUUACUUGUGUCAUGCACAAUGUAGAUGUCCUAACCGACUUGCCAAAACUAUAGUUUGUUAACAAGACAUUUGUGGAGUGGUUGAAAAAUGAGUUUUAAUGACUCCAACCUAAGUGUAUGUACAUUUCCGACUUCAACUGUAAGUGCCAUAGCCUAUAGCGCUCUACACCCCCGCACAUCUAGCACAUUAGCUGGUAGAGCAUCAAAGGACAGUUGGAAAGAGGAGGAGAUGUAGAACAUUUAAUACACAGACUAAGUUAGUAAAACAAUUGCUUAUAAACAUUAGUAAACACUCCCGCUAUUAGGUGAAGUUUAUCUAGGCCGACAUGAAAAUAAAGACAAUCAAACAAAUGAAUGUAGGCCUAUUUAAACUGUCUCGUUGAUUGAAGGCUCUGACCAAGUUGCAGCGUGGUAGGCGAACAUAGUCAUUUAUUAAAUGAACCCAGACAAAACAACAAAAUACACACGAACGUAAAGUUCUGCAGGCUACACAGCAACUAUACAAAAACAAGAUCCCACAAACUAAGGUGGAAAAAGGUUGCCUAAGUAUGAUCCCCAAUCAGAGACAACGAUAGACAGCUGCCUCUGAUUGGGAACCAUACCAGGCCAACAAAAAAAAUAGAAAAAAUAGAAUUCCCACCCAAAUCACACCCUGACCUAACCAAAUAGAGAAAUAAAAGGGAUCUCUGAAGUCAGGGCGUGACAUAAACGGUUUUGAUUAUUAUUUUAUUUUCAUGAUGGUCUUCAUCCAUAACCGUCAGUCACAGCCCUAGUAGGAUACUGCAUAUGCAGAUAUAUGUAUAUAUGCAGAUGCAUAUGCUUGUCAGUUAUAUGAAACAGCAGUAUUGGUGAUGGCUAUUUUAUCUCUUUGAAAAGAAACCUAUGUGAUUGGCUGAUCUUUGAGAGGGAAACUGUAUGAUUGGCUGAUCUAAAUCUGUGUAUGCUCCAGAAACAGAGAUGUUGCUAAUGGAACUGGAGGGAGGCAACCCUCUUUUUACCUUUAUGCAGGGCCAUAUAUAGACAUAUAAUAGAGCCAGAUAGAUCUACCUUUAUGGAUCACUACAGUUGACCUUUCAGUAAUCCGGUAAUACCGUAUACCCCGGUAUGGUACAGAAACAGUAUGACGGUAUGAAAAUCUGGAUACCGCCCAACUGUGUGUGUGUGUCAGAGAGAGAGAGAGAGAGAGAGCAGUAGAAGGUGGGGGUGGGUGAGGGAGGAGGAGCCUGUUGGGACUUACAUAAUAAAGGCGCUGCUCCUCCCUUUAGUACGCACGACCACAUGUGUGUGCCAGCCAGCUAGCUAGUGGGUGUGUGCCCCGGCGACACACACACACACACGCACACCCUCUCUCUCUCCACCCUCUCUCUCUCUGGCGUGCGCUGUAGGGGGUGGGAGCAGAUGGUUUAUUGAUGGGGAGUCUGCGUUAGUGUGGGUGCCACUGGGAGAGAACACUGGGGUAGGAUAGGGUACAGUAUUGACAUUAGGAGAGAUAGGGACUGUCCUGCCACUGGGACAGACAGACAGACAGACAGACAGACAGACAGACAGACAGACAGAGACCAGUACUGAGAGAGAGCGAGAGCUCUGACAGAGGACCACACUGUAGGGUAGAGCAGUGUAGGCAUGGAUGUGGCUGCUCUGCACCAGGGCUAUCCAGGCACAAUCUACUCCUCUCACAACCAGGUAAACACAGCUGUUAUGUUCCUCGCACAGCAGAUUUCUUAUACGUUUGUGUCAUCUUUCAAAUGGACUGGUAAUGUUUUAGCUAUUGUUUUGAGCCUGUAUUUCGAGCUGUAUUACAGUUGUGUUCUGUUUGGGGGGGAUUUGUUCUUGAGUGGUAGUUGAGGGAGGAUGGGUGAGGACGAUUUGAAUCUGAAAGUGCAGGAGGUUACUGAUUUAGAUGAUUGUAUUUUUAGGAAGAGAUGGUCGUUUGUUGCCUUUGGGACUGGGGAUGAGCACUUACGUUUGCUGUCUGGUUGUUUGUAUGCCUUCGUGUGUGUGUGUGUGUGUGUGUGUGUGUGUGUGUUUGCUAGUAUGCUAUGGAUAUGGAGUCUGUCUUCAGACAGAUGUUAUUGGAUUAUCCGGUCUAACAUUGCUGUGCUCUUAUCCUCUGAGGAUACUAGUCUGACAUCUGUCACAAACACAAACACUGAAAUGUCACAGUGUCAGAGCAGCAUCCUCAAUCGACUGCUUAAAAUCAGGUCAUAGAGUACAGAGGUAUGUUUCUCUGCAUGUUGUGUGCAUUUGUUUGUAUGUGACACCUCCGUGGAGUAGUUCAGGAUUCUGUCAUGUAAACCGACUCACUCUUAAGAUAGAGGUCUUCACGGGUCCACCUGAAUAACCUUUCCCUCGGGUCUGGGUCGGGUCCUGUUUGAUUGUCAUCAAGUACAGCUCCUGACCAUGGCUCUGCAUAGACUUUAGCAUAUUUAUUUUACGCUAAUAAGGUGAUUGUAUUUACUUAUAGAAGGCCUAGUAAACAUAUAAAAACCUAUUUGUUAACCAGAAGAGCAACUUGGCUGAUAAACAUUAUUCUUUUUUCACUCUGGUCCAAUUGGGUUGGGUCUAGGUCUGGUUGUCGUCGGGUCCAUUCGGGUUCGGGUCUUAUUUGGGUUCGGUUAAACUUUUUGGACCCGAGAAGACCUGUACUCUAAGGUGUCAGAGAGAAAGCAUCCUGCAUCAGUUACUCACAUGUCAACUAGAUACAGAUACUGUAGAGAUGAUAAUAGCUUUGACAAAAUGUUAAACAUGCAACACAACACACAGCACAUGACUUACAGUAGAGAUUGCAUUCAGGAUUGCACUCCAUCUGCCAUGGAUCAGUUACUCACAUGUAAAUCCAGAUGAUUGGAGAUACAUGUACACUAGAAAUAUCUCAACUUUAUGUUAACAUGCAAGCAAACAGACAGCACAGUACAUGACUUACCAUGGCAAUCCAUUAGGGAACUGUUUUAUUCCGUGCCAGCAGCAGUACUGUAGCAAAGAAAAACAUUGAUUCAGAAGCCGUGUUUAUGUUCAGUAAAUUAAUUAUUGACCAUGCAUACACGGUCACACGCACAGACAUACUGUACUCUGCCACAAUGGGACUCUAGUCUAGGGGAAGCAUAACAACAGAAGAGGGGUUGUUCAUUGCUAUUCGACAUGUCCUCACUUCUCUGAUGGAAAUGUCCACUUGUUUACCUAACAUCCUUUCGGAUGUCAGUAUGUCAAGAUUUUUCUGUGAUAUGUUUGCAAUGACAAGUAUAAGAGUUCAUUUGAAUUCUAGAACAAAGAUUUCGCAUUCCAGUAGCUAUUUUUAUGCCAUAUUGUUUAGAAGUAGGAGUGGGAGUAAGAACAAACAGAAGGCUUUAAAGGAUUUAAAGUUUGACUCAUGAUUUGAACGCUCAUGGUUUGAUCCCCCCUGUGAUGCUGUCCCUUUAGGAAUGAACAUUAUCUUUGAGUCAUUAGCAUUAUCUCUGCAUGGUCUCUAAUGCCUCAGAGGAACCAUCUCCUCCCUAAUGGUGAUUUAACUGACGAUACCAAGUCUCACAUACAGUGUAUCUACACAUUAUAUUUUUCUGAUGAUCUGGGAAUAAAGAAACAAAAUAAUACUUAGUCAUGGACGCUAGAAGAAGGGAAAUGUCUAGUCAGCUGCACGCAUUCAACCGAAAUGUGUCUUCCACAUUUAACCCAACUCCUCUAAAUCAGAGAGGUGCGGGGGGCUGCCUUAACCGACAUCAUCGGUGCCCGGGAGCAGUGUUUUGGGUGUUAAUUGCCUUGCUCAAGGGCAGAACGGACGAUUUUUCCAGCUUGGGGAUUCAAACCAUUGACCUUUCGGUUACUGGCCCAACGCUCUUAACCGCUAGGCUACCUGCCACCCAGGCUAAGUGAUUUCAUGCCUCACACACUUAUGUCUCUGUGCUUAUGUUUGGCAGACAGCUUAUAUGGUGAGUAAUGGUGUUGGUCUUUGUGUACUGAGGAAACGGCUGUUCCAGUGGAGCAGCGUAACACAGCAGUGUGUCUUCAUGUUAAUGUCCGUGACUAAGACUGUUAGAGAAGCGUGAAGAAGAGACGACUUUUAUCUGUUUACUGUGUGUCUAAAUCUCUCUCUUUUUUCUGUCUCCUUCCCUCCUUUCAUCCUUCUUUUCCAUCCGUGUAUCAUCUUCCAGCAGGUGGCGCUGAAACAGCAGAAUUCCAAAUUCCAGGAGGAACUUAGUCUCUCGCAGGAGCAGAGCAGCUUGGAAAACCAGCGCAUCGGAAAUCUGUGCAAGGAAAUGUGAGUACGACCGAAGGUUAUCCUGCUCUUUGGGUGAUCUAAUUCGUGUAUGAAUGGCUGAAACCAGCAUAUUGGAAUGUUCAAGGAAAUGUUAAUGGGAUAAAUUAGUAGAACUAGAACUAGGAAUUCUAUGCAUGGACUGGUUCUUCAGCUGACACGGUGGCAUUCAGCGUUCAAAUGAUGCAUUGACUACAACAGACAACCAACCAACAUGUUAGCUUCUUUGGACCCAAAAGACACAGGAGGAUUUUAUGCUCUGUGGAUUUUGAGGUGUUUCAGCGUGUGGUUAAGACCAGCACAUCAGAAGUCCGUGAGAGAGAAACGUGAGAGAGGCCCAUAUCAAAGUCUUACUCAAAUAAGACAUAGACUCAUAUAGUUAUCUUACUCAUGCUGCUUAGUCAUACUGAUGAUGAUGAUGAUGAUGAUGAUGAUGAUGAGAGAGAGAGAGAGAGAGAGAGAGAGAGAGAGGAGAGAGAGAGAGAGAGAGAGAGAGAGAGAGAGAGAGAGAGAGAGAGAGAGAGAGAGAGAGAGAGAGAGAGAGAGAGAGAGAAAUGAAUCUGAUCUCAUGUCUUUGUUAUAAUGAGCGUCAUGCAUCACGUAGGGUUCUAUUUAUAGGUCUGUGUGUGUACAUGUUCGUGUGCAUGCCUUCAUGUUUAACGUGUGUGUGUGUGUAAUCACUUUGUCCCGAUGUCUCUCCUCUCCUUCACUCAUCCCUCUCCUCCUCCAUCCUUUUAGAAACAAACAUUCCUCUUUCCUUCCGUCCAUAAGAGACAGACUAGGGAGUGUUACAUAAUCACAGCCUCUUCUUCCGUGUGUGUGUGUGUGUGUGUGUGUGUGUGUGUGUGAGCAAGAGCAGCUUUGUGCUGCCAGAGACAUCUCGUCUGGGAGAACAGCUGCAUCCGACCCAGUCAGUUCUCUGAUCUCUUGUGUGUGUGUGUGUGUUUGGCUAGAUUGGUCUGUAUUGUAGAGUCUAUAUGUAGCUGGCAGUGGAUUAGAGGUGAAAUUGGGGUUUUCCACUUGUUAUUUUAUUCUACAGUAUGCUCUCUAAGGAGUAGAGUGCCUUUUCAUUCCUGCCGGGUUACAACCUUUGGGAGGGUGUGUGUGUGUGUGUGUGUGUGUGUGUGUGUGCAUGUUUGUGCGUGUGUGUGUGUUAAAUAUCAGCCCGUCAUAUCACGCUUGGACAGCCUCGGAUACAAAUGCAAGUUGGUGAUAUUGAUAUUUGGCAGUCUGGGCCACGUAAAUAGACUUACUGUACGUAGCCUUCAGAUUGCAGGCCUGCGAAAGAGUAGAGCAAAACAACUGUCUAGGUACUGCUCUGUUUCAGCCGUUAUGGGCAGCCUAGCUGUGUGGAGGAGAAGAUACUGCUCUGUUUCAGCUGUUAUGGGCAGCCUAGCUGUGUGGAGGAGAAGGUACUGCUCUGUUUCAGCCGUUAUGGGCAGCCUAACUGUGUGGAGGAGAAGGUACUGCUCUGUUUCAGCUGUUAUGGGCAGCCUAGCUGUGUGGAGGAGAAGGUACUGCUCUGUUUCAGCCGUUAUGGGCAGCCUAGCUGUGUGGAGGAGAAGGAUACUGCUCUGUUUCAGCUGUUAUGGGCAGCCUAGCUGUGUGGAGGAGAAGGUACUGCUCUGUUUCAGUCAUUAUGGUCAGCCUAGCUGUGUAUAGGAGAAGGUACUGCUCUGUUUCAGUCAUUAUGGUCAGCCUAGCUGUGUAUAGGAGAAGGUACUGCUCUGUUUCAGUCAUUAUGGUCAGCCUAGCUGUGUAUAGGAGAAGGUACUGCUCUGUUUCAGCCAUUAGCUGUGUGGAGGAGAAGGUACUGCUCUGUUUCAGCCGUUAUGGGCAGCCUAGCUGUGUGGAGGAGAAGGUACUGCUCUUUCAUAUGGCAGCCUAGCUGUGUGGAGGAGAAGGUACUGUUCUGUUUCAGCCGUUAUGGGCAGCCUAGCUGUGUGGAGGAGAAGGUUCUGCUCUGUUUCAGCCGAUAUGGGCAGCCUAGCUGUGUGGAGGAGAAGGUACUGCUCUGUUUCAGCCGAUAUGGGCAGCCUAGCUGUGUGGAGGAGAAGGUACUGCUCUGUUUCAGCCGGUAUGGGCAGCCUAGCUGUGUGGAGGAGAAGGUACUGCUCUGUUUCAGCUGUUAUGGGCAGCUUAGCUGUGUGGAGGAGAAGGCACUGCUCUGUUUCAGAUGUUAUGGGCAGCCUAGCUGUGUGGAGGAGAAGGUACUGCUCUGUUUCAGCCGUUAUGGGCAGCUUAGCUGUGUGGAGGAGAAGGCACUGCUCUGUUUCAGCUGUUAUGGGCAGCUUAGCUGUGUGGAGGAGAAGGCACUGCUCUGUUUCAGCUGUUAUGGGCAGCCUAGCUGUGUGGAGGAGAAGGUACUGCUCUGUUUCAGCCGUUAUGGGCAGCCUAGCUGUGUGGAAUUUCCUUAAGUAUCCUUGCACCAACAAUCUUUGAAAUGUUUGAAUCCUUUAUAAUGUAAUGUGAUUUAUGGAUUCAAAUAACGUAUUUAAAAUGUGUGUGUGUGCUUGCCUGUGACUGAUGCUUUAGCGUGUGGUCAAUGUGAUUAGGCCUCAGUUGAACACACAGAUGGUGAUUUAGACUGUGCCAUUUGUCACACUUACUGAGAGUUAGACAUGACCUUUACACUCAUCACUACUUAGCCAUGACAACCUUUACUGUACACCUGUACCAGCAUCACAGCCAAGCAGAGCUACUGUGUGUUGUAAAUGGAUUGUUAUUUAUGUAUAAAUGUGUUAUUAUUGAUGUUGAACACACAAUCUGAUUGUCCUUUAUUAGAAAGUGCCUCUAGAUAUGAAUCAUGUUUAUUGUUAUUGAGUGUCACAAAUGUUGACUGACACUGAAAAGCAACUCACCCUCUCUCUCCCUUCUCUCUCCCCCUCACUCCCUUCUCUCUCUCUCCCUCCAUCUCUCUUAGUGAGGAACUGAAGCUGGCCAGUAAGAAGUCUCAGUACCAGCCAGACAUGAAAGACAGGUAAAACAGUUAUUACACAUGUAUUAUAUUAUUUAUAACACAAUUUAUUAUCUGCUGCCUUGGGGAGAUGGUUGAGUGUAAACAUAUUGCGCCAUGCAUCUACUGCCAUGGUACACUUUUAUUUUCUAUAUCCAUUAAUGAUCGGCUUCAGUGUUUCUGAUAGUGGAAGAAGCUGGACAUGGAUAGUGUAUAACUACACGUAGUUCAGUCAACUCUCUCUUUGCAAUAUUGAGGCUGCUGUCCUUUGUUUCGUGAAACCCAAUUUAUUAUAAUACAACAGAUGGGAGUAGCUCAUCAUAAUCGUCAACAGUGUCCUAGUAUAAAUCCAGAUUCAUAAAAACCACAGUUGAUUUAGUUAAUGUGGUCAGAUCCCUUAAAAAUGAUUAUAUGGAGUAAAUGAGACAGUGAGAGCAGCGGACAGAGACCGAUGGGGUUUUAGUGUGAUGACAAUCAGUCAGUCAGUCUGUACAUUUCAUCUGUGAGCUCAGAAUGGACUCAGGAGUCCAAAAAGCUUGUACACUGUCAUGCUUCUAUUAUCACCUUUUAAUAUUGACAAUAGAAUAGUUCCUCCAAAAAAUGAUUUCCUUUCCUUGCCCUGGAAUUUGAUUGAAUGUGUGUUUGUCUGUAGAUAUACUGGCUAUACUGAAAUAAGUGUCUUGAGUGUAGAUUUAUCUCUCUGUCUGCAUGAUCAGAGGAUUAAGAGAUGUCUUUAUACAGUGCCGUGAAAAAGUGUUUGCCCCCUUUUUAAUUUUCCCUACCUUUGCAUAUUUUUGAUACUGAAUGUUAUCAGAUCUUCAACCAAAACCUAAUAUUAGAUCAAGGGAACCUUAGUGAACAAAUAACACAACAAUUACAUACUUAUUUCAUUUAGUGCCCCCUGUGUGAACAAGUAAUUGCCCCCUUACACUCAAUAACUGGUUGUGCCACUUUUAGCUGCAAUCACUCCAACCAAAUGCUUCCUGUAGUUGUUGAUCUGUCUCUCACGUCGCUGUGGAGGAAUUUUGGCCCACUCUUCCAUGCGGAACUGCUGUAACUCAGCGACAUUUGUGGGUUUUCAAGCAUGAACUGCUUGUUUAAAGUCCUGCCACAACAUCUCAAUUGGGAUUAGGUUUGGACUUUGAGGCCAUUCCAAAACUUCAACUUUGUUGCAUUUUAGCAAUUUUCAUGUAGACUUGUUUGUGUGUUUUGGAUCAUUGUCUUGUGUCACGCCCUGGCUCUGGGACUCUGUUAUGUUGAGCCAGGGUGUGUGGUUUCUAUGUGUUUUGUGUGCUAGGGUGAUUAUCUAGUUCAUUUGUUUCUAUGUUGGCCGGUGUGGUUCUCAAUCAGAGGCAACGUGUAUCAGCUGUUGCUUGUUGUCUCUGAUUGGGAACCAUACUUAGGCAGCCUGUUUUCAACUGUGUGUUGUGGGAUCUUGUUCCGUGUAUGGUUAGUGUUUGUAACCAAGGACGUCACGUUAUCGUUUUGUUGUUUUGUUCGUGUGAUCAUUCAAAUUAAAAGUAUGUUCGCAUUCCACGCUGCGCCUUGGUCCUCUGUGUAUGACGAUCGUGACAGAAGAUCCCACCAUAACUGGACCAAGCAGCGUGUCCAGGAGCCAACGCCAGAGAGGGCUCUAAAGGAUAUCAACCUCGACUGGGUCAAGCCGCGGGAGGAGGAGAGAGGCUGGACUUGGAAGCAGAGGAGCGAGAGUCUGGCGAGAGCCAUGGAGGCCUGGCCCACGGGGAGGAGAGACGGCCAGAAAUGUUUUAGGGGGGGGGCUCACGCCGUGGACGACGGGGCAGCAGGAGGCCAGGAUAGAGUGGUUCAGCGGGUUGGCAAAGGAGGCCGCCAGGUUACGGGAGUCACUGGUCACCAGGGGGAAGGAGAAUGUAGAGGCACGGCGAGAGGUACUGGGGUGUGUUGCCAGUCCGGUCCGUCCCGUUCCUGAUCCCCGCGUAGGGCCAGUGGUGUGUGUCCCCAGUACGGUCCGGCUUGUUCCUGUCCCUCGCACCGAGCCUGUGGUGCGCGUCGCCAGCCCGGUCCGGCAUGUUCCUGCCCCUCGCACCAAGCCUGUGGUGCGCGUCGUCAGCCCGGUCCGGCCUGUUCCUGCUCCCCGCACCAAGCCAGUGGUGCGCUUCGUCAGCCCGGUUCGGCCCGUCCCUGCUCCCCGCACCAAGCCUGUGGUGCGCGUCGUCAGCCCGGUUCGGCCCGUCCCUGCUCCCCGCACCAAGCCAAUGGUGCGCGUCGUCAGCCCGGUCCGGCCUGUUCCUGCUCCCCGCACCAAGCCAGUGGUGCACUUCGUCAGCCCGGUUCGGCCCGUCCCUGCUCCCCGCACCAAGCCAAUGGUGCGCGUCGUCAGCCCGGUCCGGCCUGUUCCUGCUCCCCGCACCAAGCCAGUGGUGCGCUUCGUCAGCCCGGUUCGGCCCGUCCCUGCUCCCCGCACCAAGCCAAUGGUGCGCGUCGUCAGCCCGGUCCGGCCCGUCCCUGCUCCCCGCACCAAGCCUGUGGUGCGCGUCGUCAGUCCGGCACAGCCCGUGCCUGUUCCACCGGUGCCUGGUCCGGCACCGGUCAGCUGUUCCACUCCGGAGCAAUCCGCUCCACCAGUGUUCAGUCCAGCUCCGGCCAGCAGGGCCAGACCUGACCAGGGGCGCUUUGGGGGGUUUGUUGGAGGGUGGGGGUCAAGCCCGGAGCCGGAACCGCCUCCGAGGAGGAAUGCCCACCCGGCCCUCCCCUGUUCGGUUUAUGUUUGGCGCGGUCGCAGUCCACGCCUUUGGGGGGGGGGUACUGUCACGCCCUGGCUCUGGGACUCUGUUAUGUUGAGCCAGGGUGUGUGGUUUCUAUGUGUUUUGUGUGCUAGGGUGAUUAUCUAGUUCAUUUGUUUCUAUGUUGGCCGGUGUGGUUCUCAAUCAGAGGCAACGUGUAUCAGCUGUUGCUUGUUGUCUCUGAUUGGGAACCAUACUUAGGCAGCCUGUUUUCCACAGUGUGUUGUGGGAUCUUGUUCCGUGUAUGGUUAGUGUUUGUAACCAAGGACGUCACGUUAUCGUUUUGUUCGUGUGAUCAUUCAAAUUAAAAGUAUGUUCGCAUUCCACGCUGCGCCUUGGUCCUCUGUGUAUGACGAUCGUGACAUCUUGCUGCAUGACCCAACUGCGCUUCAGCUUCAGGAAUUAUCCUGUAGAAUUCUCUGAUACAGAGCAGAACUCAUGGUUCCUUCUAUUAUUGUAAGUCGUCCAGGCACUGAGGCAGCAAAGCAUCCCAUGUCAUCCAAAAAGUUGACUCAGGUUUUGCCAAAAAGCACCUGGAUGAUCAUCAAGACUCUUGGAAGAAUGUUCUAUGGACAGCUUAUUAAAAAGUAUAUGUUUUUGGACAACAUGGCGAAAACCAAACACUGCAUUCCACAGUAAGAACCUCAUACCAAUGGUCAAGCAUGGUGGUGGUAGUGUGAUGGUUAGGGGUUGCUUUGCUGCCUCGGGACCUGGACAACUUGCCUUAAUAGAGUGAACCAUGAAUUCUGCUCUGUAUCAGAGAAUUCUACAGGAGAAUGUCAGGCCAUCCGUCUGUGAGAUGAAGCUGAAGCGCAGCUGGGUCAUGCAGCAAGACAAUGAUCCAAAACACACAAUCAAGUGUACAUGAAAAUGUCUAAAAAGCAACAAAUAAUACGUUUUGGAAUGUCAAAGUCCAGACCUAAUCUCAAUUGAGAUGUUGUGGCAGGACUUGAAACGAGCAGUUCAUGGUUGAAAACCCACAAAUGUUAUUUGUAAACUCAGGUUCCCUUUAUCUAAUAUUAGGUUUUGGUUGAAGAUCUGAUAACAUUCAGUAUAAAAGAAUAUGCAAAAAUAUAGAAAAUCAGAAUCAUACUUUUUCACAGCACUGUAUAUCCCUUCACUAACACUAGUAAUGAGAGGAGAUGGAGGGAAGGAAUGAAAGGAGAGGAAUGGUGGAGGGGAAGGGAGGAGGGCAGAGGAGAUAGAGAAGAAUAUGGGGUGGAGAAGAGAAGAGAGGAGAGGAAAUGGGAGGAGACAAGAGGGGCAGAAUAGGAGAAAGGUUACUUAAGCCAGAGGGAGAUGAUGAGAGCCUGAGGAAGGUUAUGUAGAGCAGAACUAAUCAGUCAGGAGAGAUCAGUGGAUAACUACCUGUUCAGGUGAAUGUUUCACAGAUAGUAGCCGUUAAUUCAGCAGCACUAAUCCCUAGAAAAGUAGGCUAUAUAUCUAGACUAGCAUCUGUAGUACAGACUUUGUUUAGGGGAAGACAUCCAAGCUACAUCUGUUGUGAUUAAGGUUGUUGUUCCAUGUGGUUGUAUUGGAUCAUGGGACCCAGACAGGCUAAUGCCAUCAACCUUAGGGGUCCACAGACAGGUUAUCUGACUCAUGCUGCUGCUGGGGCCUUUGUUGUCAAGUUGUAUGUCAACAUCUGGAUUUGUGGUGUUCUUUCAAACUUUGUCCCUAAACGUCCUAAUGUUGUGAGUGAGAAUGAGCUAGCUUCACUAGUCUUUAGUGAAGCUUAUUCCACCGCCUUGAGUAUCACUACUAUUGUGUGAAGUACUAUAUUAUUUAUUGUAAAUCAAAAGUUAAACACAUUGUGUGACAUUCUCAGUCAGAGAUCUUCAUCAGACAGAAGUUUCUCACUGUACCCAUAGAGACAUGUAUGGGUGCACACACAGUAUUGCACUGCUCCUGCCAGUCCCAGUGUGGGUGUGUGUGUUCUGUAUUUAGCAGUUCUCUGCCUCUGUUCCUCCCCAGGGAAACUCUGUCCAACCAGGUGACAGGGGAGGAGAGAAACUUCCAGAAGACAGAUAAGGACAAGGAGCUGGAGAAUCUGAGGAAUGAGGUAAAUAGUCACAAACAACUCUAGCAGACUCUGGGCCUUUUGAUGAAGAAAUGAAGAAAACUUGCAUUGGGUCCUAUGCUUUUUCUCUGGACUGGCAUACAAUGGCUGUAACUCUAUAUUGGCUGAAACCUGUCUCUCUCUCCCUGUAGAUUGCGGUGCUGCGAGGUGAGAACGCCAUGGCCAAGAUGCUGCAGUCUGCCGUGGAGGCGCUGGAGAGAGACAAGUCCCAACUACAGGGAUGUGUCACUAGCCUUGAGCAGAGGCUCAUGGGACAGCAGGCCUCCGAGGGAGGGGACAGUGGAGUGCCUUCCUCAGGUGACGCAGCUCUGGACCAGCUGAGAGAAGAGAAGGAGUUUGCAGAGGGACAGGUAUGAUUAGCAAUUAGUAUUAAAAUUGCAUCAUCUGCUUGUCAUUUAUACAGGAAAUAAUUUGCAUAGAUAGAUAUCCGCACUUCCACCAUUGUCUCACAGUCCACCUCACUCUUUCUUAUAUAAACUUGACUGUGGUCUCUCUUUCGUCUCUCCCUCCAUAUAUUUGCCUCCUUCAGAUUAACUUCCUGAACAGUGUGAUCGUGGACCUGCAGAGGAAGAACGAGGAGUUGAAGGUGAAGCUGAAGAAGAUGGUUCUUGCUGAGUUCAACGGCAACGACGGCACUGACGGGUCAGUCUUAUAACCUAUAACCUCUGAACCCUAACCUUAGCCCUUUUAGUUACAGUUGUUGACAGACCCGUCAAAAUGCACUAUUGCAAAAUCCCUAAUCUCUCUCUCUGUCUCUAGUUUUGAAGAGGGUGGAUCUAAGAAGGACAAGAAGGCUCCUCCUCGUCUGUUCUGUGAUAUCUGUGACUGUUUCGACCUCCAUGACACCGAGGACUGUCCCACCCAGGCCCAGAGCCCUGACUCAGUGCCCCACUCUUCCUUCAAGGGCAAGCCCGCCGACCAACGGCCAUACUGCGACAUCUGUGAGGCCUUUGGUCACUCCACAGAGUCCUGCCAGGACGACCAGACCUUCUAG